AUGCACGACUACUAUAUGGAAAUUUAUCUUCAGGCUAAUUUUGUGGUCACUGUCCCACCUGCUACGAAAAUAAAGCAACCAACUUUUCAUCAUGUAGACUAUGAGCCCAAGCCUGAAAUCAGACAUAUUUUCCGUCAGCCAGAGAAAAGGCCUCAUCCGCUUUUCUCAGACAUAUUCACCGCUGUCUGCCUUGCUCCUUUUUUGCUGCUUUUUGUGCUGUGGCAUCGUGUUGGCACGAAUUUCACUAAUAUGCCAGACCGUGUUUGGACACCUUUGUUCCAUAUUGGACUGAUUUCAAUGUUCGGACUAUAUAUCGCUUACUGGUUGCAACUCAAUAUGUUUGACACGCUUAAAUACCUGUUCGUAGUGGGCUCACUCACCUUCAUCACAGGAAAUCAUGUCCUCAAAGCUGUCAAUGAUAAAGCUGGAAAGUAG